CUCCCUUUAUCAAGGUAAACUUGUAUCUCCCAAUUCAGUAUUCUCUAUUCUUAUUCCUAUUCCUUCCAAACUGAGUAGGAGUAGACACAAAGAACUACAUCUCCCUAAACUCCAAGACCAGUCCCUUUCUUUCUCCUUCUCUCUUCAAUAACUACAACUUCUUCUGUUUCACUUUUCACAGUCCCAGUAAAAUAGCCUUCCAGGAGUAGGAGUGUAGGACUCCCCUUCCCUCUUGUUAAAAUAAAAACAAAAACUUUCUCAUAUACCCAUAAAAAAUCCUCCUUUUAUAUUCCUAAAACUUGCAAACUCAAAUCCAUUUUAGCUUUUCAUUCAAAUUAGCCAUGGAAGAAACAGAAGAAUCCAACCCAACUAGAAACUUAGCUUCUCAUAGUAGAAACAGAAAUCAUCAUCAUAAUCAUCUAUUUAAUCAUCAUAAUCAAUACUAUAAUCCAAAUGCUAUUGUCCCAUAUAAUAAUUAUCAUUAUACUAGUAAUUUACUUCAUUUGCACCAUUCUAAUACUUACAGAUUUAUUGGGUUUUUAGAACAAAACUUUCAACAACAACAAGGUAUUCUUCCUUUACCCCCAAUAUUACCAUUUCAAGUUCCUUUACAUCAAACCCAGAAAUUUAGGCCAAAAACCCAUUAUUCUAAACCUUCUUUUAAACCCCACAAACCUAUUCCUUCUGUUCUUCUUCCUGCUUCUGAUAAUGAUGUUACUAGGGUCUCACCUGCAACUCAAGGUGAUGAACAGAUUGAGCGAAAACUUGGUUUACUUAACAUAAAGAAGUCAAAUGUUGUUGAUACUCCACUACAAGCUUUGGUGGUUGCCAAGAGGCCAGACUGUGGUGGAAAAGAAGGCCAGGCUAUUUCUCUUCUGGCUAACCAUUUUCGAGUAAAAUUUGAUCCAUGUAAGCAUAUUUUCCACUACAAUGUCGAAAUAUCUCCAAAUCCUCCUAAGGAAGUAGCUCGUUUAAUUAAGAAAAAAGUUGUUGAAGAAAACUCGGCUUUGCUUUGUGGUGCUUCGCCUGCUUUUGAUGGUAGGAAGAAUUUGUAUAGUCCUGUUGAGUUUCGAAGCAAUAGGCUCGAGUUCUUCGUUGGUCUUCCGAUGUUUAUUAGUAGUAAAUCGUGUUUAGAAGGCAAUACUUGUGUAGAAGUAGAGAAAAAGGGGCAAAAACUUAAGGUAUUUAGGAUCAACAUUAAUCUAGUAUCAAGAUUAGAUGGAAAUAACUUGAAGAAGUACUUAAACAAGGAGGGAGAUGACUGUGUGCCACUUCCUCAGGAAUUUCUCCAUGCUUUGGAUGUAGUCUUGAGGGAAUGUCCUAAUGAAAAAUGCUACCCUUCGGGGAGAUCAAUGUAUUCGAAGUCCAUGGGAGGGGCUCGAGAGAUUGGAGGAGGAGCUGUUGGAUUACGCGGGUUUUUUCAGAGUCUAAGGCCGACUAAACAAGGCCUUGCUUUGAAUGUAGAUUUUUCGGUGACAGCAUUUCAUGAGAGUAUUGGAGUCAUAGACUAUUUACAAAAACGCUUGAAGUUUUUGCACGAUCUGCACGAGAGGAAUGAUAGGUUUUUGACAACCAUGGAGAGGAAGGAAGUUGAGAAGGAAUUGAAGAACUUGAGGGUCUUUGUUUCACAUAGAGACCCGGGUCAGAAAUAUCGGUUUCACAGCUUGACUGAGGAAGUUACCGAAAAGCUCUGGUUUGAAGACCGGGAUGGCAGCAAAUUGAGGCUCUUAGAUUAUUUCAAGGAUCAUUAUGAGUAUGAUAUACAAUACCGGAAUUUGCCUUGCUUACAGAUCAGUAGGAGUAAGCCAUGUUACCUUCCGAUGGAGCUUUGCACGAUUUGUGAAGGGCAGAAGUUUCUUGGUAAACUCUCAGAUGACCAAACAGCAAAAAUCAUGAAGAUGGGAAGUCAAAAACCAAGAGAACGAAGAGCGAUAAUCAAUGGAGUCAUGAAUGGACCUGUUGGACCAACAAGUGGUUGCCAAGGAGAAGAGUUCAAUUUACAAAUUUCGAGAGAAAUGACACGGUUGAACGGGAGAGUUCUUAUGCCUCCAAAAUUGAAGCUCGGAGAUAAAGGGCUUGUAAGUGAUGUACUUCCUACCUCCAUUGAUCGGAAAUGGAGCCUUUUAGGUGGGCACGUUUCUGAAGGGGCGCGGAUCGAAAGGUGGGCGAUGAUCAGUUUCGGUGGAACCCCUGAUCAAAAAUCUCAUAUUGCUAAAUUCAUUAGCCAGCUAUCUUUAAAGUGUGAACAAAUGGGAAUUUUCCUCAACAAAUCCCCCGUUUUAGCCCCGCAAUUUGAGCCCAUCCAUGUGCUAAACAAUGUCACCCUCUUGGAAAACAAACUAUACAAGAUCCAAAAAGCAGCAGUAAACAAUCUUCAGCUACUAUUGUGCAUAAUGGAGAAGAAACAUAAAGGGUAUGCAAAUCUCAAACGAAUCGCUGAAACACGCGUAGGAGUAGUAAGCCAAUGUUGCUUAUACACGAACCUUAGCAAACUAAACUCCCAAUUUUUGACAAACAUGGCUCUUAAGAUCAAUGCCAAAGUCGGUGGGUCGACAGUAGCACUAUUCAGAUCAUUACCCUCUCAAAUCCCUCGUCUACUUACACAUGAUGAGCCAUUAAUCUUUAUGGGUGCAGAUGUGUCUCAUCCUCACCCUCUCGAUGACUCAAGUCCUAGUGUUGUGGCGGUUGUUGGCAGCUUAAACUGGCCGUCAGCUAACAAGUAUGUGUCAAGAAUGAGGUCUCAAACACACAGGCAAGAGAUCAUAGAAGAUCUAGGACAAAUGGUGCACGAAAUACUCGUUGAAUUUUGCCAAGUGGUAAAAGCUCUCCCUAGACGAAUCAUAUUUUUCCGAGAUGGGGUCAGUGAGACUCAAUUCUAUAAAGUUUUAAAAGAAGAAUUGCAAUCAAUAAGAGCUGGGUGUGACAAAUUUCUGGAUUAUAAACCGCUGAUCACAUUUGUUGUGGUACAGAAACGACACCACACGAGAUUAUUCCCCGAUGAAAGUGAUCCGAGUUGUCUACAAUUCUGCGACGAGAACAUCCCUCCAGGAACUGUUGUAGACACUGUGAUCACUCAUCCAACGGAAUUCGAUUUUUAUCUUUGCAGUCAUUGGGGAGCGAAGGGAACAAGUCGACCGACACACUACCAUGUGCUGUGGGACGAAAGCAAGUUCACUUCUGAUGAGUUUCAGAAACUGGUUUAUAGCUUAUGCUUCACAUUUGUAAGGUGUACUAAACCAAUUUCUAUAGUACCUGCUGCUUACUAUGCGCAUCUUGCAGCGUAUAGGGGCAGACUGUACCUCGAAAGGUCAGACUCUACGGUUUCUAGCAAGUGCGGUGGUGGCCCAACAAUAUCUCGAGUUGGUCCUCCGAAGGCGACUCCUCUUCCAAAGAUUAGUGAAAAUGUAAAGAAACUAAUGUUUUAUUGCUAACUAUUUUCUUGGUGUUCAUGUGAUGAAAGCUAUGAGCUAAUUUAGUUUGUAGAUUCUUGAAAGUCGGUAAAAUAGAUCAGUGAAAUGUUGCAUUAGCUCAGUGUCUUGUUAAUAAAUCUUUUGAAUCGAAGAGUGUUAGUACUAUUUUUCGACCCGUUUAAUUUGUAUUAUUUGCCAUUGUGCUACUCUACUUAUUUUGCACAAUUCUGUC